AUGAUCAAUACCACCACGGCUGCUCGGUGUCGUCGGCCGAGUGGAGACGCUCGCUGGGUCACACCCGCGCAGACGGAUUUAUUUCUAUGCUCCGUCUUUUCGGUUCUGAGUCACUUCCGGACUUUCCUCGAUAUCGACCUAUCUCUAUUUAUAUCUCUCUCAACCGGUCGGGUCGAGAUACGUUUCACAAUGGCUCAGUGGAAUGCGGUGACAGCAUUUCGCGCCUCAAGAGCCGAAUGCCUUUCGGUGGUGCAACCGAGGCCUUGGAAUCAUUGUUGUAUAUACACACACACACACACACACAAACGGCCACGUUUCUGGACGACUAAAACAGUUUCCAGCGGAUGGAUCAAAAGGGGUGGUGGGAGGCGAGCGGAAUGGCAACCGUCGCUCCCCCGAUCCCGAUAUGGUACACAGGCGUUGUCUCCCUCUCCGCAAGGAGAGUUUUCUUCCUUUUAUUUCUGGAAUUCACAAUACUGUUAUUUCUUGCAAGGUGUUGGGGACUUGGGAAAGGCUGUUCACGCUUUCUGGGAAGACGAAAGGCUUCGUCCCGUAGACAUGUAUAUACAUGGGUUGGAUGGCAGGUUAGGUUCAAGACGCACAGCACGCGCUUGCGUUGGAUGGGUUCAGGAAUACGGAGGACAUGUGGCAAAUGUCCCACUUGAGUGUAUAGCACGAAACAAGCAAACUAGGUGUUCAUCACCUUUCACCUCAUGA